CUUUCCCCUCCUCGUCUCGUCCCUAUCCAUCUCUCUCCCCCACCCCACCCUCCUCUUCGUCUUCCUCCUCCUCCCGCGCCGCCGCCGCGAUCCCCAAUCCGAUCUCCCGAAGCGGCUCGUUGAAGGCAAGCAGGGCGGGGAGCGUGAUGGCGAGGAGCUCGUUCAAGCUGGAGCACCCCCUCGAAAGGAGGCAGGCUGAGGCCAACCGCAUCAGGGAGAAGUAUCCUGAUAGAAUUCCUGUCAUUGUUGAGAAGGCUGAGAGGAGCGACAUUCCUGACAUUGACAAAAAGAAGUACCUUGUUCCUGCUGACCUCACCGUUGGACAGUUCGUGUAUGUUGUUCGGAAGCGGAUCAAGCUCAGUGCUGAGAAGGCAAUCUUCAUCUUUGUAAAGAACACGCUUCCACCAACAGCUGCCCUGAUGUCCGCCAUCUACGAGGAGAACAAGGAUGAGGACGGCUUCCUCUACAUGACCUACAGCGGGGAGAACACCUUCGGUCUGUUCGUCUGAGUGGAGCAAGCACCAUUGGACAAUGCCUCCUGUAAAUAGGCAUCUAAGCAUCUAAAAAUACUGUGUAUAUAAUCUGGUCUAGCAGCAUGUUCCAAGACUUUUAGCAUCAUAUUGUCAAGAACCUAUCCAAAGAUCAUCAAAAGCACACGGUGCUCAGUACAUUUAAUUGACUGUUUCGUCCUUCCGUUAAACAAGUUGCAUUGUUUCAGUGUUCGCUCUGAAGUUGCUAUUUCUAA